CCACCUUCCUUGAGACCAAUGGCAGCUGCGGGCGGGGUUGGGGCCGCGCCUGCCCAGCCCUGGUCUUCUAGUGGCGCUGGAAGCCGGCCCUGGCUGGCCUCCUCCCAAGGAGAGCUGUGGGAAGGUCGGCCAAGCGGGGCAGAAAACAAGCAAGCCCGCAGGGUGGGCAGGGGGCGUGGGAGGGUUCCUGGGAGGGAGGAAGAGGGCAGAGGCACGCUGGGGCGCUGUGAGUGAGAAGCCACUCUGCAAAGGGCUCCUCUCCUGAAGGGACCCACCAACCAGAAGUUCCCUGGCCAGGCCUCCUGCUGUAGCUUCUGCGAGAACCCGCGAGGGAGCAGCGAGGGCCGGGGGGUCUGCAAGCCUGAGCAGGAUGCGGGUUCCGGGAGCGGGAACGGCCUCAGUGGCCUCACUGGCGCUGCUUUGGUUGCUGGGACUUCCGUGGACCUGGAGCGCGGCGGCGGCGUUCGGUGUGUACGUGGGCGGCGGUGGCUGGCGCUUCCUGCGCAUCGUCUGCAAGACGGCGAGGCGGGACCUCUUUGGCCUCUCUGUUCUCAUUCGUGUGCGGCUGGAGCUGCGGCGACACCGGCGAGCAGGAGACACGAUCCCGCGCAUUUUCCAGGCUGUGGCCCAACGACAACCAGAGCGCCUCGCGCUGGUGGAUGCCAGCACUGGUGUCUGCUGGACCUUUGCACAGCUGGACACCUACUCCAAUGCGGUGGCCAACCUGUUCCAGCAGCUGGGCUUUGCCCCAGGCGAUGUGGUGGCCGUGUUCCUGGAGGGCCGGCCGGAGUUCGUGGGGUUGUGGCUGGGCCUGGCCAAGGCCGGUGUGGUGGCGGCGCUGCUCAAUGUCAACCUGAGGCGGGAGCCCCUGGCCUUCUGCCUAGGCACCUCCGCUGCUAAGGCCCUCAUUUAUGGCGGGGAGAUGGCAGCAGCGGUGGCGGAAGUGAGUGAGCAGCUGGGGAAGAGCCUGCUCAAGUUCUGCUCCGGAGACCUGGGGCCUGAGAGCAUCCUGCCUGACACACAGCUCCUGGACCCCAUGCUCAGUGAGGCGCCUACCACACCCCUGGCACAAGCCCCAGGCAAGGGCAUGGAUGACCGGCUGUUUUACAUCUACACUUCCGGGACCACCGGACUUCCUAAGGCGGCCAUUGUAGUGCACAGCAGGUACUACCGCAUCGCAGCUUUCGGCCACCAUUCCUACAGCAUGCGGCCUGCUGACGUCCUCUACGACUGCCUGCCGCUCUACCACUCCGCAGGGAACAUCAUGGGCGUGGGACAGUGUAUCAUCUACGGGCUGACAGUAGUGCUGCGCAAGAAGUUCUCCGCCAGCCGCUUCUGGGAUGACUGUGUCAAGUACAACUGCACGGUAGUGCAGUACAUCGGCGAGAUCUGCCGCUACCUGCUGAGGCAGCCCGUGCGGGAUGUGGAGCGGCGCCACCGCGUGCGUCUGGCCGUGGGCAACGGGCUGCGGCCGGCCAUCUGGGAGGAGUUCACGCAGCGCUUCGGCGUGCGGCAGAUCGGUGAAUUCUACGGCGCCACUGAGUGCAACUGCAGCAUCGCCAACAUGGACGGCAAGGUCGGCUCCUGCGGCUUCAACAGCCGCAUCCUCACGCACGUGUACCCCAUCCGCCUGGUUAAGGUCAACGAGGACACGAUGGAGCCGCUGCGCGAUGCCCAGGGCCUCUGCAUCCCCUGCCAGCCGGGGGAGCCUGGCCUUCUUGUCGGCCAGAUCAACCAGCAGGACCCUCUGCGUCGCUUUGAUGGCUACGUUAGUGACAGCGCCACCAGCAAGAAGAUCGCCCACAGCGUGUUCCGCAAGGGCGACAGCGCCUACCUCUCAGGUGACGUCCUGGUGAUGGACGAGCUGGGCUACAUGUAUUUUCGCGACCGCAGCGGGGACACCUUCCGCUGGCGCGGGGAGAACGUGUCCACCACAGAAGUGGAAGCCGUGCUGAGCCGCCUGCUGGGCCAGACUGAUGUGGCUGUGUACGGGGUGGCUGUGCCAGGAGUGGAGGGGAAAGCCGGCAUGGCAGCCAUUGCAGAUCCGCACGGCCAGCUGGACCCUAACUCCAUGUACCAGGAGCUGCAGAAGGUCCUGGCAUCCUAUGCGCGGCCCAUCUUCUUGCGCCUUCUGCCCCAGGUGGACACUACAGGGACCUUCAAGAUCCAGAAGACCCGGCUGCAGCGUGAAGGCUUCGACCCCCACCAGACCUCAGACCGGCUCUUCUUUCUGGACCUGAAGCAGGGCCGCUACCUGCCCCUGGACGAGGGGGUCCACGCCCGCAUCUGUGCCGGCGACUUCUCUCUCUGAACCUGGCUGGUGGGAUGGACCCGGACUCCUGUACCCUGCACCUGACAGCCCUGCUCAGGUGCUCCUGCCCGGCCCUGGCCAACAGCGCCUGUGGGGGUAGGAACCAGGGACCUGAGCGCCCAGGUGUCCCUCUCCCACAUCCCAGGAUGCAUCCAGCUGGCCUCCACUUUUCUCUCUUCUCCAUCUUUUUUCUCCCUACUCACCAGGAACCCCACAAACACAUGCUGGGUGCUGUGUCCUGCAGUGGGACUGGUGUCCAAGGGUCCAGGCUGCCAGCCGUGACCCCGCCUGGUGCCCACCUCCCUUCCCUGUUGUGCCUUAGGAAUCCGUCCAGGGUUCCCCUAUGGAGCAAGUGGGGGCCCGGGUUGGUAAUGCACCGUCAAGUCAACGGGGCCACAUCUGCUGUCUCCCACUGACUCCCAGUCAACUGGAAAUUUUAUUUUUUUGUUUUGAGAUGGGGUGUCACUGUGGAGG